UCACACGCCGGCGAGUUUGUUUUUUUUUUUCAAACAAACAGAAUAUUUUGGAUUUGGAUUGCCGCAUCCGGAAUCCACGUCCUCGUCCUGAUCCUCCGCUCCUCCAAGAUGCGCCCGUGCCCGCUGGCGUUGGCCGUGCUCCUCGGCGUCUUCCACCUGCUGCUGGCCUGCAACCACUGGGUGCUGCGCGAGGAGCAGAUCGUGCCCAAACUGGACUCACCGUUCCACAUGCGGGAGCCCAAGAAUCUGGCUGCCUUCCUCGAGCAGAUUAGGUACAGUGAAUACGUGGAGCGGUCCUACUUGGAUCUGCUCCGCAAGCGAGAACAGAUUGUGGAACACCUGCGAUUCUCGAUGCGUUUCGGGGAGGAUCUGGCGGAGCAGGCCAAGUGCGCCAUGGACUACUACAUGCUGGAAAAGCGCAUGUCAUACCUGAAGAUCACGCCGGAGCAGCUAAAGAGGAUUAAUCUGCCGGAUCAACGGCAAUUGCACAUCCAAAAGAGUGCAUCCGCCAUGGGAAUGGAGCCGGUUUGCAGUGACUACCAUCGAUUGAGUGUGGGCCCGGCCACCUACGAUCAUCUGGAGAGCUUUCAGCCCGAGGUGCUGGCCGCUGCCUUUCUGGAGCGCGAACAUGACACCAAUGUUGGCAUGGCCACCGUGGAGUUGACGCGACGAUUCGCUGUGGACGGACUGCAGCACCAUCCGUCCUCCUGGAAGUUCCACACCCUAAGCUCCUACUACUGGCGGAUGCGCGGCAAUGCCCGGGAAGCCUUGCCCUGCGCCAGACUGGCUGCCUUGCUGGCUCCGCCGAUAUUCAAGGACAUACCGCUCCUGAGUCUGGGCACCAUACUCUUUCGAAUGGGCAGGCUAGCCGAUGCCGAUUUGAUACUUAGCGCUGCCGUAGAGCAUGCUCCACAUGUGGCCGAAAACCAUGUGGUUCUGGCCUCGGCGCUGGCCAUGAAGCACGAUUUCAACCGAUCGCUGCAGCACUUCGAUGAGGCAGAGCGACUGGAUCCCAGCACAUUGCCGCGUACCCAACAGGUUCGGAACUUCAUCAGUUGCCUGGAGAAUCUCACGAAGAAAACCUCCAAGAUGUACAGCUAUGUGAAGUACAUGAAGAACGAGGUGAAGGAGUUCAAGAAGCUAAAGCAUCACAUCUCGCAGAACCACGAGCGAUUGAUCCAGCAGCAAUUGCCGUUGGGGGCGAGACGCUUGCUCGGCCUGGAUGCCAAGACCAACAACGAUGACCUCCAUCGAAGGGGUCAAUACUGUAGCACGAGGACACCGAAUGGUUCCGAUGAGCCCGUGCUCUUCUGCGACUUCUAUUCGGACAUGCAGAUGCGACUGGAGAGCAAGGACGUGGACAUCGAUGUGCUGGAGCGGGACCUCAAGGCCAACACGGAUGCGGUCAUUCGGCAGGUGUCCACCGAGAUCCGGAAGCAGUUCAAUCUGGAGCAGCUAAAGGCGGCCAAGGCCCAAAUGCCCGCCAAGGCCACCAAGGCUACAUAGUAAUAGUACAAUGGUCACCACCAGAUGGACUGGCACAUUCCCCCACAAAACAACCAAACACUUCGGGUCACAAACUAGCUUUUACUUUUAAUCUGUUCAUAUAGUAUUUAGGUCUGUGUGCGAGUGUCGUGUGUAUAUAUUAACCGAGAUACUGGAAGAGUCUUCAGGAAUAGUUUAAUCGUACUAGGCAUAUAAGCAGGGACGUUCGAGCGGAGGUUUUCAUUGUACAAGUGGCCCUGCACGAAUCCACAGUGAGAGCCCUUUCAAUCAGGUAAAAUAGAUAGACAAAUGUGUAGCGUUUAAUUUGAAAAGUGAAUUUUCCUAGCCAUUGUUGGGUUUUUAGUUUUACAUAGAAAGAUUUUGAUAUAAGAAACUCUUAACACAUUCUAUAAGUUUUUAAAAUAUGUAUUGUCACUUUCUGUGGCUGAUCACAAUUACAUUUCUUAGAUCUUAAA